CCCUCACCCGCCAAUCAGCCAAGAGCUCGACUGCAGCCACACGAGGCGCACGCUAGACCAUACGUGGUCGUAUCGGAGCUGUACAGUCCAUAUCGUGCCGCUCGGACAAUCGCUCGUCGUCAGUCCGCGGGACAUCAGCUGUCCGUAGCAUUUGCUGCCGGCGCGCAGUGAUCUCGAGAGCAGGCCGCCUCGCCUGCCCCGCAUCCUCGCCGUUGUCGCUUGCGCUGUCGCAGAUAUCCUUCUACCGGCAUCGAUCAUGGCCUACUACUUCGUCAUCGUCUCGCCCCGAGACUCGCCGCUCUACGAGGCCCACCUCUCCUCCAAGCCUGCCUCAUCCUCUGUGCUGUCUUCGACAACCUCGUUCUUCUCUGCGAGCGCAGCCGCUCCGUCGCCAAAUCGGCCACAGGCCAGUGCUGCAGCUGCGUCAAUGCCUCGCAACUCCGGCGAGGGCGGCAUGUUCGGCUUCGCGGCAUCGCUGCAGGCGCUUGCAGGGGGCCUGCGCGGCGCCGGCUCAGAGACUGGCGCUCAGGACGCCGCGACCACAAGUGCCAGCCAGGGCGCCAACUCGCUGGGCUUUGCUGGCUAUAGCGCAGCAGAGACGCUGCAGAUGAUCGCGCACUCGAGCCUCGACGCGGUGGAGGACCGCCAGUGGACGAGCAAUACGCUCUACCUCAAGGCUGUCGAUCGCAUCAACGAGUGGACCGUCUCGGCCUUUCUCGUGCCAGGCAACAUCAAGAUGCUGAUACUGCAUGAGCACCGCCACGACGAUGGCAUCCGGAACUUCUUCCUCGACGUGUGGGAGCUGCUCGUGAAGACACUCCUCAACCCGCUGCACGAUCCGCAGGCACCCAUCCGCAGCGUGGCAUUCGAUGCACGGGUGCGGGCCAGCGCGAGGAAGCAUCUCUGAGCACUGCCAGUGCUGGUGCUUCUUGACUGCGCCCACGUGCACGCAGCAGUGAGCUUGCUGUCCGGCGCGACAAUCCGAUACCCAGCGGCCGGCAUGUCGCAACACGGUCUGCCAAUGACCAUGUCCGUGCACUACACCACACGAUUCUGCGCACGCCACCUGCGGGAGCUACUUGCGCAGAUGCUGUCGAGGGUAUGAUAUUGCUAGUCCGUGUGCGCUCUAUCCUGCUCGCUUCGA